AUGCCGGACAGCAGCGGCGCCACCGUGCUGGACGACCUCCCCGAGAGUCUCGUCGCCGACGAGAUCCUGGUCCGGCUGUCGCCCAAGCACGUGCUCCGCUGCCGCGCCGUCCAAAAGUUGUGGCGCGCCGUCACUUCCACCGACAAGUUCAUCCUCGAUAACCACCGCCGCCAGCCGUCGCUCCCCAUCAUCCAGCGACACAAAGAGGGCAUCUCCCGUUUCGCCGCCGCCGGAGAUCACAAGAUAUGGCCCGUCAUCCGGUACACCCGCCGCCAUACAGCUUCCAACUUCUCCACCAUACACCACGCCGCCUGCGAUGGCCUCCUCAUCCUGUCGCGGCACUCCAGCUUCUACAUGUGCAACCCGGCCACCCGCAAGUGCGCUUCCUUGUCACAUCCUCCACUGCGGCCAGGAUUCAGCGCCGCCACCGUCGUCGCCUUCUACCGGCACCAAUUGUCCGGAGAGCACCGCGUGCUCUGGGCGAUAUACUCGGCACCCAUGGCGAGGGGCGCCGCGGUCAAGCCGCCUGCUUACUUCGUCCUCCCGGUGGGAUCGGACCAGCCAAGAUGCGUCCAAUGGCCGGCAGUUUUAGAGAUUUUUCCGGCUACCCGGUCCUCUGACCAUCCACCAGUACACUAUCGUGGUGGCCUGCACUGGGCACUGGGCCUCAGCAUAACGGUAUUCGACACCGUGACCGAGACAUUCCGGCAGAUGAGCCACCCGGCACAGUUGCCGGGUGACAUGGUGUUAUUGUUCGAUCUUGGUGGCGACCUUGCUUUGGGCCGCACGUCCGGUGACUGCGUCAGUCUAGACCUGUGGGUGCUGCAGGAGUAUGAUGCCGAGACGUGGGCAUUUCGAUACCGGAUUGACUUGCGGGUGAUGGAGGCAUCACCGCCGCUUAAUUUGAGUGUGAAGCAUGACCCUGUGAUGGCUGUGGUCAAUGGCCGUGAGCUGUUGAUCCAGCAUGGUCCUUACCGUCUAUUGCACUGUGGCAUUGAUGGUGUGUUUUUAGGAAAUGUGGAAAGCAAAGACAAUGCAAACAUUUUGAGUCAGUUUGCAAAACCUUUGACACUCACUAGGCAUCGCCUCCAGGAGAGCAUGAUUUCGCUUCCAUUGUUUGAGACGCGACAAAAAGAUGCCGUGAACGAGGAGCCUCCGUUCACCAUACUUCUAUAA